AUGGUCGUUGUACAAAACCGCAUCCUAUCGGCGAGCGAAAGCAACGGCUCCACGACCGGCUCAACGUGCUCGUCCUCGCGAUCCACGUUCAUCUCCGUUUCCACGCCAAGACUCUCGCCCAUUUCCGACAUGUCGAAAUUGCCUGUAGUUUGGGUGAAUGGAGGAACGUUUUCCACGUGGAUACGGAAACUGUCCUCCACGUCCUCGACAUUAGCCUUGUGGGCUGUCGAUUGCUGGUUCUCGCCCUGCUCUUCCAAGGUGGUGCGGUUUUUGAACCGGGUAUCUGGAGCCGGCUUCCAAAACCGCUGUUUGGGUUUCUUCGGGCUUUUGGACCGGGACGGCUGGUCGUCCACUACAAUGGGAUCGUCCUGGGUUCCGGUGUCGAGUAUUAUCGGGUCGUCGGGCGUGCCGUGGCUGGCGAAGCGGGUUUCUGACGGCGACGGUUUGGGAGCAGAGAAAUUAAACUGCGGAAUAUUAAACUCUCUGAGCAUUUCUGCGAAAUCUGCGCUGGUGCGGGUGUCCUGGGUCUGGCUCGUCCAUUUGCGGGGCUUUUCUGUCUUCACGUUUGGCGUUGGGCCCGUGUACGUUUUCUCGCCAGACGCAAACGAGUACGGAGUCUUUGUUCGCGAGCUCGGCUCAAACUCCGGCUCAAACACAGGACUUGUUCGCGUGUACCUGCUGUAA